AAUUAAAACCCCCCACCCAAAAUCUGACUACCAAGAAGCUCGCAAAGCAUCAUUACUCAACACUCAUAACUCAGAAUCGAAAGAAUAAAUCACAAAUAUGUCCAUAACCGAGGAAAGUGACAGACCCGACCCGUCCGCUAAACGGGGCACCCAGAAACGUUCCCGCCAGCGCGAUACCGCAUUCCGCGGGGUUCGAAAACGCAGCUGGGGACGCUACGUCUCCGAGAUCAGAAUGCCCGGUCAGAAAACCCGUGUAUGGCUCGGCUCAUUCGGCUCGCCUGAGAUGGCGGCUCGUGCAUACGACUCCGCCGCUUUCUUCCUCAAAGGAAACUCCGCCACCCUCAAUUUCCCCGACCUUGUUCACUCGCUGCCUCGCCCUCUCUCGUCGUCCAGGCGUGACAUACAGUCGGCGGCGGCCAAAGCGGCCGUGGAGGUGGCGGAUGCACUGAGCGGGCAUGACCCGACCCGGUCGCCCGGGAAGGCGGAUUCCGUGGAGUGGUGGGAAGGUUUGUUGGGAGAAGAGGAAGAGUCAGAGUCGGUUUGGAGAACGACGUGGUUUGAGGAUGUGAAGGAAUGUGGUCCUAUGAAUCUCAGUCCUGCAGGUUCCGUUGGAGAAUUGACAUGGAACGAAGUCUUCAAUUUCAACGACGACGUUCUGUUAUUCUCCUAAAUAUCAAAUCUUAAUUCUACUACCAUCUUCGUUUUGUUUUAUUAACGUAAGGGUAGCUCCGCAGUUAGUCCUACAAACACUGUAAGUAAAUUUUAAAAUGUAGUUUCUUGCACUUACUUCUUAGGCACCUAGUGUAUGUAAAGUGU